CGUGUGGAUAAUGUUUUCUUUUGUUUCAGAAAACAAUGGCGGAUACUUAAACCAGCAAAGAAUUACUUAAACCAAGUACUUAAUGUGAAAUUCCAGUGAUAUAUUUAUACAUAGUGCCAAUAAUUGUACAAAUAAAUUGUAAGCGAAAACGAUGGAUCCCGGCUACUUCGAUAUAGAGCGGGAACAGAACCCUAGGGAGAAGGCAAAUAUAUUCUCUAAGUUCUGUUACUGGUAUACUGUCCCCAUCUUCGUGAAGGGACGAAAAGGGCAGCUUAGUAUAUCAGAUCUUUACAGAUGUACCCCGGGGCACCGAGCAGCGCCCCGCGGCGAUACCAUCGGUCGAAAAUGGAAGCAGGACCUACUUAAAAAAGAUAAAGGGAAGAAUCCGUCGUUACUUCGAGCCAUUAUUAGUAUAUACGGUGCUAAGUUCUUAAUAGGAAAUAUUAUUUUUGCCUUCUGCGACUCGUUUAUCAAAUUAGCAAUACCAAUGUGUCUAGAAGGUCUGAUAAACUACUUCUCGCCGGCGCACGGCGGGGUGCCGGUCACACACGCGUAUCUUUACGCUCUCGGCGUCGUUGGCUUCAUGGUAAUGAGCGCCAGUAUCAUGCACCCGAUGCUGCUGUGGCUUCUGGACACGGCGAUGAAGAUCAGGGUCGCAUGCUGCUCACUCAUCUAUAGGAAGCUCCUCCGCUUGGAUCUGACGGUGGGUGGCAAGGCGUCCGAGGGUCUCGCUGGCCACGUGGUGAACCUGCUCACGACCGACGCGCAGCGGUUCGACAUGGCGUGCCUGUUUAUGGUGGACCUCGUGCGCACGCCCAUCGAGAGCACCAUCAUUGUGUACCUUAUGUACAGGCAGAUAGGGGUAGCCACGCUUAUUGGAGUCGCUUUCCUGCUGUCUUUCAUACCUCUGCAAGGUUAUCUAAGUAAAAUAUCGAGCAAGCUCCGCAGACAGACUGCCAUAAGGACGGACAACCGUAUCCGGCUGAUGAACGAGGUCAUACAGAGCAUUGAGGCUAUAAAGAUGUACGCGUGGGAGACGGCGUUCGCAAGGAUCAUCGGCGAGGCUAGGAAAAAGGAAAUGAACGUAAUAAAAAAAUCGUCAUGGCUGCGAGCGGUGAUGAUAUCGUGCGUGAAGCUGAACACCAAAGUGGCCAUCCUGCUCAGCAUCGUGAGCUACAUAUCCUUCGGGAACGCCCUCACCGCCGCCAAAGUGUUCGUCAUAUUCUCUUACUACGACAUACUGAAGUAUACCCUGGUCGACUUCCUUCCCCUGGCGAUAACGUUCACGCUGGAGGCGUAUGUGAGCAUCAAGAGGAUGCAGGAGUUCCUGCUGCUGCCCGAAGUGGAUGAUGACGGAGUGGACCUGGUGACCAUUGAUGAUAAGACGCCGGUGAUGAAUGGUGUCUUCGAGAAGAUCGGUAAUGGGCAACAAGCGUACAUAAAGUCGGAAUCGAACCUGGAGCGCAUGAAGCCGCCGGUCCUCAUCGCCAUGAAGGACUACAGCGCGCACUGGAAGAACGCCGAGGACAGCGGACAAAUAGCCGCGCUCUCCGACAUCAACUUUACUGUGAGUCUGUGGCGCGUAGUACAAAUGGGGUGAAUAGGAAUGAAGCGAUGAAUGGAAAUAAUGA